UGGAGGAUCGUAGGGGUCUCUUGGUACAAUGGCGAUUUUCCUGUAUGUGGUUCUCCUAGGUGUUGCAGUGGCCACACCUCUAAACGGCUACGGUGGUGGUGAUGAUGAUGAUAAGAUCAUCGGAGGUUACGAGUGCCUGGCUCACUCCCAGCCAUGGCAAGUCUUUUUAACCUAUGGGGCUGGUUACCGAUGGUGUGGAGGCUCCCUAAUUAAUGACCGCUGGAUCAUCUCUGCAGCUCAUUGCUACAAAAAUCCCCGCACUCUUGUUGCGCACCUUGGUGAACAUGACACGACUGUCGAGGAAGGUACGGAGCAGCACAUCCAGGUGGAAAAAGCCAUCCGCUACCCUCAGUACAACGAACGCACCACUGACCACGAUUUCAUGUUGAUCAAACUCUCCCAGCCGGCCCGUUUCAACGCCUUUGUGCAACCCAUUGACGUUUCUGAAAGUUGCCCGGUGGCUGGGGACAUCUGCCUCGUCUCAGGCUGGGGAAACACUCGGACAACAGGCGUUAUCUACCCAGACAACCUACAGUGCCUGAACGUGCCCAUUCUGUCUGCAUCUACCUGCCAAGCCUCGUAUCCUGGCCGUAUCACCUCUAAUAUGUUCUGUGCUGGCUAUACAGAGGGAGGCAAAGAUUCUUGCCAGGGAGACUCUGGUGGACCAGUGGUGUGCAACGGGAAGCUGUCUGGUGUGGUAUCCUGGGGUAUUGGAUGCGCCCAGAAGAACUACCCUGGCGUUUAUGCAACCGUGUGUAACUACAGGGCCUGGAUAGAUGAAGUGAUGGCAAACAACUGAGAGACCCUUUAUAUUUAUGCCUCAGAAAAUGAGCUGCCUUCCUCGAAACGGUCUAACCUUCUGUUGAAAACAAAAGAGGGAGCAGCGAACGCCAAAAUGCACGGCGACAUCUACAGCAAAAACUGAAUUUAAUGUCCUUCCCUCUCUUCAGAGAAACCUGGGAGAGAGGGUAAGGAUUUUCAUCACAAAACUACAAGCCCAGGAUUCUUUGGAGGAAGCCAUAAUGCUUAAACCAGUGUAAUGUUGAAAUAUAUAGAUAUUCCCCAAGGAGCUCAAUAAAGAACAGAAAUUUAUGCCCCAUCAUAUGUAGAAAUAAAACUCAAUACCAUUUUA